GGCAGAGGAACAACUACUCAGUGUGUGAGCGAGCUGUAGCUGGUUCAGACACUCAUAUAUUGCCUCCACGUAUUGGGGCAUCCGAGUCACACCUCCGCCCUAACCGAUCACACUGAUAGGUCCUGUGUAUCAGAAAUGAAAACCUGAUUAUGAAAGAAACAACGAAAGCGUGCAACAGUUCUCCUCAUGUGAUCACCUUCGGCUGGACAUUGAUUAUGUGUCGUGACCGAGGUGAGCAGGGUGUGCGGCACAGCUGACGGGUGGGCGGUCCAGACAAGAUGCUGCCCGUGACACCUGACCCGACCAGUGCAAAAUAAAUUCUUCAAAUUGCAACAGCCAUUUUGUCGAAGAGAUGUGCUGAUUUUAAGUGCGAGGACUGUGGUAAACCUCAAGUGAAGUGAAGUCUAAUACGAAGAAAAUAUGAAACACAACAACAAUGAUAAAGUUUCGAGGGACAGCAGAGAUGUCGCGAAUAUGAUGCAAAUUCAAGCAACUAAAAACGACCCAAGUAGCACAGACGAAGCCUCUAGUGAGCGAUGGCGCCGUGAGUGAUUAGGAGAUUAUCCCGUUAUCAGUUAUUUUUCACGACAACAACACCGCUUCAGGACAAGAAAACGUGAUAAGUGAAAUUUAUUGUGAUAGGAAACAAAGGAAAGUCUGUUACCUACAGUAUGUAGGGGGACGUCAUGGGUGCAUAAGUUACAACUAAAUGAAAGAUUUUAAAAUUAUUGGGAUUCCCAAAGUGAGAAACACCAUGAAAAUGUAAACAAGCACCAAAUUAACAUAUUGAAACACACACACACACACACACACACACAAGGACAACUACUGAGAGAGGAAGAUACUGAUACACAAUGAAGGACCCAAGUGAAAGAAAAUGAGAUUCAAGUUCAAGACAAGUUUAGCUGUGGCCUUGACGGUGGCGGCGUGCCUGACGGGGCUGUGGCAAGCGUGUUUUCACCGCGUCCCGCUUAACCUGGUCCCCCCCUCUCUGCCCCCGCCCCUGGUCCUGCCCACGGAAGAGCCAGCCCCUGACGGCGUGCUGCUGCUGGAGGGCCAUGGCGGGGCGCGGAUCACCUACAGGAUGUUCUGCUCGGUGGAGUCGGCUGCGAGGCAUCACCCUGACCUGCCCGUGACCCUGCUUAUGACCUCCCCGGUGGUGGACGACUCUCACCUCCUUCGGAAUCUCAAAGCAUCCCUGGGCAACCUUCACCUAGCGCACCUGGACUCCCCUCGCCUCUUCAAUGGCACCCCCCUCGAAGCCUGGCACAAGCGGCGGGCGUGGGAGGACAGCGCCUGGCCCGCCUACCACUACAACGACGCCCUCAGGUGGCUGUUGUUGUGGCGUUACGGCGGCAUCUAUCUUGAUCUGGACGUGGUGGUUUCGCAGCCCCUCACGACCCUCCCCAACUGCACGGGCCUCGAGUCGGACCGGUGGGUGGCGGCGGGCGUCCUCAAGUUCUCCCCUGCCCACCCGCUGAUCCUGGCCUGCCUCAAGCACUUCGCGGCGCACUACGACGGGCAGGUGUGGGGAGCUAACGGCCCGGAGCUACUGACACAGGUGCUGAUGGACAGAUGUGACCUUCAGCUGCCCUCAGGCCGUGUUCCGAAAUGUGAUGACGUGUCUGUGCUGCCCCCACGAGCCUUCUAUCCCGUCCCAUGGUGGGAAUGGAGGCGCUAUGUCACCGAGGAUGCGGCGCUGAGUGAUGACCUGCUGAAUGACCGGCACGUCUUGGUCCUGCACGUGUGGAACCUUCACACGCAAAGCUACCCGGUGCGCCUUGACUCCCAGCAGCCCUACGCCCGCGCCGCCCUAGCCUCCUGUCCCACCACGGCUGCCCACGCUGGAGCCAUCAUGUGAGGAAGAAUUAUUAAGCCACGCCGAGGGCAACACUUCCACAAGGGCGGGCGCUAUGAAGCAUCACCACGCGGACUCCCUCCUUACUCCGCUGCGCUAGAACCGAGUGCCACCUGAAAUAUCUACCCCCGCCCAGACCGGCAAACAAUGCCUCAGCAAAAGGCCUUACCAAGAGAUAUCCAACCCCAUCACGCCUUCCUACGGAGUAACAAAGACCAUCUGAUAGCCGAUAAGUUACUAUGUGAGAGGGCUCCCGUGGUCCAGUGCCUUGCAUGCCGGCGAGAUGCUGGAGCGUAUAGGUUCCAGUCCUAACCGGUGCCAUUGGGAGUGGAAAGGUUGGGCUCUUUCCGUCACCCCAGCCCCGUUGUUGGGCCUCCACUUGAAGGAUUGGGCAUCUCUCUACCCGCCGUCUGGGUGGUUGCGCGGCAUGCACCGCCUUCCUCCCUUGGGGUACAUUUCCCGAACGAAAUACCAAAAAAAAAAGUUACUGUGUGCUUGUGCUGAAUACUUGAUACUCUGACACACAUACACACACACACACAGGGGUUGUGUCUAUCACCCCGUGUGUGUGUGUGUGUGUGUGUGUGUGUGUGUGUGUGUGUGUGUGUGUGUGUGAGAGAGAGAGAGAGAGAGAGAGAGAGAGAGAGAGAGAGAGAGAGAGAGUGCAGUGGUUAGCACGUUCGGGAGUGAACAGAGACAACUUGGGUUCAAUUCCCUGGCGGAGUAUAGGACUAGAUUCCAGAAGGAUGGGCAGUCUCCUUACUCAUGUUCCCCUGUUCACCCCAAAAUGAAUGAGUGGCGGCGUCAGUCUAGUUGCGAAUAAUCCAAGGGCACAUGAGCCAUUAGCUCAGUCCAGGAAUAUAUAAAUUGAUGAAUUACAAGUUGGUUAAUUCCACACACACACACACACACACACACACACACACACACACAUGCACAAACACGCAAGCUGGUAACAGAAGUCAAGGGGCUGGUGAAGCAGAGCAUGGGGCGCCACACAAACACUCGUCAUGGCACUCAAGGAUGCUGCGCGACGUGUUUAGUUGCUUGAACUGUUUGGCCCGAAUACUUUGAUAUGGAAAUAGACUAGAACGAGAUGAACAAAAUAUAUAGUUUUCGAAAUAUGUAAUUGAUUUUCACUAAACAAACACCACUACAACUAUUACCACUAAUAAUAAUAAUAAUAAUAAUAAUAAUAAUAAUAAUAAUAAUAAUAAUAAUAAUAAUAAUAAUGAUAAUAAUGAUAAUAGUAAUAAUAAUGAUAAUAAUAAUAAUAAUAAUAAUAAUAAUAAUAAUAAUAAUAAUAAUAAUAAUAAUAAUAAUAAUAAUAAUAAUAAUAAUAAUAAUCAUUAGAAGGCAGCACAACUUACAACAACUACAAAGGAAACUAACGACAACAAUGACACUUUAAUUCAGCCACCGUUAUCAUCAUCAGAAGCAACAAAAACAUGACAGGAGGCGCUAAAUAUUCAGAGGAGAAGUUCAUAUACGACUCAUUUGAUAAAUCACUGAUGUUAAAAAAAAAAUUCUCUCUCUCUCUCUCUCUCUCUCUCUCUCUCUCUCUCUCUCUCUCUCUCUCUCAAAAGUAAGCAAAAAUUAAUUAGAGGCCACUUGCCAGUCUUCCAUCAGGGACAGACCGCAACCCCACUUUGCCAGUCAUCCUGAGGCCGCGGCUCUCAGUCCGUCAGUCAGCGUCGUCCCUAGGAAGCUUUACGUAACCCAAACACGUGUUGAGGCGGCAGUCUUCAAGGAGCCAGGCAGCAUCCACACCUCACUCCCACGCGGCACUAAAACGACUAAAGCGCACACACGCAAGCACGCCCACUUACACAGACAGCCUCGCGUGCAUCAUGAUAGCCUGACACACUUAUGCACUUGGGAACACAGCCUACGCCCUGACACAACAUGAGGCAUCACAGCAGUCGGCUUGUCGAGUAGGUUGACCACCAAUAGCAUUCAUUACCUCUGCUAUGUUAUCAGUACCACAGCAUCAAUAGCAGUGUGGCAGCGAUACCGCCACCACCACCACCACUGUCGUCAACACAGCCGCACGCACCACCUAUGUCCACCACCACAGAGAGCGCCGCUUCCAACAAACACGUCAGGGUCACCACUGCAACACCAUCCCCGCCACGGCCACCAUACCACUGCCUACCAUCACAGCCGCAGCGCUAGGACACUUGCACCCCUGAGAUAGUGGAAUGAGAGAGAGAGAGAGAGAGAGAGAGAGAGAGAGAGAGAGAGAGAGAGAGAGAGAGAGAACCCGUUUUACAAUGAUGUUACCCACUUAUGGUCAAUUGAAUUCGCACUUUGUUACCUUCCUCCCCGCCCUCGCGCUCCUUCCGGCUCUCCCAUAGUUCACCAUGUCUUCCCCUUGCCAACUCGACCAUUACAUAAUCCUCCUACGCUUUUUUCCCUCCUUCCCUCGGUUCCUCUCGGUUCCCACGUGGACAGAGCAGAGAAUGAUGCGGCAUUAGUCUCGUAUCUAGGAAGAGCCGAGAGCUGCGGGAAGGGCUGAUGAAAGGACGGGAAGGGAGUGAGUUAAGGGACGGUCAUGGUUAGGUUUGCAGGUGAUAUCAUUAACGAUGAUGGACACGCUUUUAACUGUUCCAUUACAGACCCAAUUUAUGAAGUACUUUGAUCUUCGUUGAAUUUUCCUCUUUAUCUUUUCUUUAUUGUUUUCAUGCCUUGGUUUACCCUGUUCUCAAUUUAACGACUCAACCUUUAACAUUUUCCUCCUAUAUAUAUGUUUGUGUCCAGUUUCAAUUUGUGCUAGUACGCAACGUGAAGCAAGAAUCGUAAAUAAACUCGUAUUUCCAGAAGCAAUAAGAUUUUGACACGAGUUUCAACAGUGAUUGUGAAAACAUUUAAUUUCAGGUUUUUAUUAAAAUUUCGGAGAAAACACCUAGCGGCAAGUACGUGCGUGCUUGAGUGUGUGCGUGUGUGAGUGGGUGUGUGGGUGUUGGUGGGUGUGGGUGAGAGAGAGAGAGAGAGAGAGAGAGAGAGAGAGAGAGAGAGAGAGAGAGAGAGAGAGAGAGAGAGAGAGAGAGAGACACGCACACAGGCACACACUUCAAUAUAGCCAUCAAUAAUUGCAGUACCAAAGAAUCAAAUCAGCAUUACGGAAAUCAUAAAUCCUACAGAGGAAUCAAACUUGAAAAUGGAGAUGAAAAAAUAAAGCGGCGCGUGAGGGAGGAGGCUCGGGCUAGAUUUUGGGCAUAAGUAAACUGAAACUACUAUUGCUCUUCUCCCUCUUUGCGUCCCCUCGUACAUUAUCUAAAUACUUACCACUUCACUCUCUCCCCUACUUUCAAACACACACACACACACACACACACACACACACACACACACACAAGCAAAAAGGCGCGGCUUCCCUCUAUACCCAACUUUUGUCUUUCAUAUGACGUGUCCCUUUUCCCUUCUCGCCCCACAAUAUAUCCUAUUACAGCUUCCCUCUUCAUCGAAUAAUAGUUAACACCCUGCCACAGCUCCCCUCGUCCCUCUUCCUGCAACCGCCACACUCCUGCCUCCCUCGACCCUCAUCUGUACCCACCAAAUUCUAUAUUCCCUGCAUCCCUUUCCUUGCGCCGUCCGAUGCUUGGGUUCUCCUCGACUCUUUCUUUCUCUGUGACCUCUCAAAAGCCCAUCGGAAUCUAUACUUUUGAAUACCCAAGCGAUAUAUUAAUCUACUCAUCAACCGAUACCCUGAGGAACUAAAGUGGGAAAGUUGGAAUAGAUAUGGCUGCAUAGAUACUCCUUGUUUCUGCUAGGCUUUUGGUUACUGGGUGAAAAAGAGGAAAUAAAAGAACACAUGCCGAGGGGAAAAAUAUGUUGUGUUUGACGGGAAAAAGGUCGACUGGACCUACCGUCCAUUCAACACUACCCUACCGAGUUGAAUCACGACUGCCUGGGUUAACUUGUGAGGGAGGGAGAGGCGAUGGUGAAUGGAGAAGGGAGAGUUGGAGGCUGGGUAGUGGAAGUUAGAUAUAUGUAGAGGAACUGGAGGAGCACGAGGAGGAGUGAAAGGAGGAGGAGGAUCAGAGCCGACAAAGGGUCUUCUUGAGGUGGUUCCAAGCUACUAUCGUGGGAAUACCCGACAAAGGCCACGUGUGGAUCCUGAGGGCAGAAGAAAGGAGGAGCUGAGGCUUUGAGGACCAAAGGAGGUGAUGAGGAUGUUAAUAAUGGUGAUGAAGAUGUGAUGGUGAAGAUUAUUAGAUUAGGUAUAUCAUUAUUACUAUUUUAUUAUUAUUAUUAUUAGUAGUAGUAUUACUAUUACUGAUAAUAAAAAUAAUAAUAAUAAUAAUAAUAAUAAU